UCUCACGUCUCCUCCUCGAAGACUCCUCGCCAACACAUCACCAAGAUGCGGGAAAUCGUUCACCUACAAGCCGGUCAGUGCGGGAACCAGAUCGGAGCAAAGUUCUGGGAGGUGAUCAGUGAUGAGCACGGCAUCGAUCCCACCGGCUCCUACCACGGAGACAGCGACCUGCAGCUGGACAGGAUCAGCGUUUACUACAAUGAGGCCUCAGGAGGAAAGUACGUCCCCCGAGCCGUCCUCGUGGACCUGGAGCCUGGAACCAUGGACUCAGUCCGGUCCGGUCCCUUCGGGCAGAUCUUCAGACCUGACAACUUUGUCUUCGGCCAGAGUGGAGCCGGGAACAACUGGGCCAAGGGCCACUACACCGAGGGAGCCGAGCUGGUGGACUCGGUCAUGGAGGUUGUGAGGAAAGAGGCCGAGGGCUGCGACUGCCUGCAGGGCUUCCAGCUCACCCACUCCCUGGGGGGGGGCACCGGCUCCGGCAUGGGCACGCUGCUCAUCAGCAAAAUCCGUGAAGAGUACCCCGACCGGAUCAUGAACACCUUCAGCGUGGUGCCCUCUCCUAAGGUGUCGGACACGGUGGUGGAGCCCUACAACGCCACCCUGUCCGUGCACCAGCUGGUGGAGAACACUGACGAGACCUACUGCAUCGACAAUGAAGCUCUGUACGACAUCUGCUUCCGCACGCUGAAGCUCACCACGCCCACCUACGGAGAUCUCAACCACCUGGUGUCGGCCACCAUGAGCGGAGUGACCACCUGCCUGCGUUUCCCCGGGCAGCUCAACGCCGAUCUCCGUAAACUGGCCGUCAACAUGGUGCCCUUCCCCCGCCUCCACUUCUUCAUGCCGGGCUUCGCCCCCCUCACCAGCAGGGGGAGCCAGCAGUACCGCGCCCUGUCCGUGCCUGAGCUCACCCAGCAGAUGUUCGACGCCAAGAACAUGAUGGCCGCCUGCGACCCGCGCCACGGCCGCUACCUCACCGUAGCUGCGGUGUUCCGGGGCCGCAUGUCCAUGAAGGAGGUGGACGAGCAGAUGUUGAACGUGCAGAACAAGAACAGCAGCUACUUCGUUGAAUGGAUCCCAAACAAUGUGAAGACCGCCGUCUGUGACAUCCCGCCCCGCGGCCUCAAAAUGGCGGCCACUUUCAUCGGCAACAGCACGGCCAUCCAGGAGCUGUUCAAGCGCAUCUCCGAGCAGUUCACCGCCAUGUUCCGUCGUAAGGCCUUCCUCCACUGGUACACCGGAGAGGGCAUGGACGAGAUGGAGUUCACCGAGGCCGAGAGCAACAUGAACGACCUGGUGUCCGAGUACCAGCAGUACCAGGACGCCACCACCGAGGAGGGCGAGUUUGAGGAAGAUGGGGAGGAGGAGGGCGCUUAAAAACCUCCCGCCCACCCAGCUACCAAACAUCACUUCACCACACCCAUAUCCACAAACUCCGCCCCUCUCAUCCCUCCCCAUCCAGCUGCACUGAAAAACAGACACCAUCUAGACCGCUCCAGUGUUAGACAUUAAUGCUACUAGUGAAUUUCUUGAUUCAUAAGUUUAUGUUUGUUGAAUUAUUAACAUCCUUACAUCUGUCCUGUCAUUGCCUUGAUAAAUUCAGC